AUGGUAAUGGAGACAUCGGUUCACGGCGGCUUAAGAAUCUGUCUUCAACUUCCUGAUUUAAACGAUAUUUACAUACCUCGGAAAAGACGUGGGUCUUCCUCCGGCGCCGGCAAGAAAGAGCGAUCCAUGACUGAAACCGAACUCCCCUUGUCUAUGGCGGAGGCUGCGUCUAUUCUAAUACAACUGGCAAACUCUGUUCCUGAUGUUCAACGGCAAAAAUUAAACAAAACCCACAAGAGAAAAAACCCUCCGACGCUGACGGAGGCAUCGACGAGUAGGACUAAGAAACAGAGGAACCCUCCGACGCUGACGGAGGCAUCGACGAGUAGAACUAAGAAACAGAGGAAGAAGUACGUAAAACAAAUUGAGCAUCCGUCGAUGCCGGUGGCGAUGAGAGAUCGGAUUUUAGAGAUGGGUGGGUAUGAAAUACGACUGGUGAUUCAAAAACAACUUACUGAUACGGAUUUAAACAAAAACCAUGGUCGCCUGUCGAUGAACACAAAACAACUGUCGUUCGAUUUUGCUACAGAGGAAGAGACUAAGUUACUGAGCGAACAGGAAAAUAAGAACAAGAGGGGGAUAAACGUAAUGAUGUUGGACGAUGUUCUUGAAGAAAGAAUGCUGUGUUUGAAGAAGUGGAAAAUUGGGAGUGGAGAAGUUUAUUGUUUGAUGACACGAUGGAAUUUGAUGGUUGAAGAAAGAGGAUUCAAAGGUGGAGAAGAGAUUCAAGUUUGGAGCUUCAGAAAAGAUGAUGAAUAUGAAGCUCAUCGUCUUUGCUUUGCAUUGGUUAAAUUAGCAACUUGCUAA